GUAUUUAUAUUGCCUGACAUAUCGAAUAUUUGACAUAAGAAAAAGAAAUAUAUACGUAGGAUUUGGAUUGGGAUUAAAACCUGGAGGCCGAAUACUUUAUUAUAAUAUUUACCAAAUAAUAAAAAUUAAAAAAUGAACAUUCUCCCUAAGAAAAGAUGGCACGUAAGGACAAAGGAAAAUAUUGCUCGAGUCAGAAAAGAUGAAGCAGAAGCUGCAGAAAAAGAAAGACAAGAACAGUUAAGGAUUGAGAAUGCAAACCGUGAAGCUCGACUUAAUGUAUUAAAAAAUAAAAGUAAACAAAAGUUAUUAGAAUUUGAUAUUCAACCUCAAACUGUUGAACAGGUCCCCGCCACCCAAGAACACAUCAAUUUAUUUGCAGACCUUGAGCAUGCUAUUCAAACAACCAACAAAGAACAUGAUAAGGAAAUUAAGGAGAAAAAUGAAGAAUAUGAAAAGAAAAUUGGGUAUUUAACAUAUUUAGGACAAGAUACAAAUGAAGCUUUAGGCAAGAAGAAUUGGUACAAUGUGAUCCCAGAAUCAACACGAUUUUCACGAUCUAGUGACAUAAAAGAUACAUAUGAAAAACUAAUGCUAAAAGAUAAAGAUGGUAAAAUCAAAGAAAAGUUAAAAGAUGAAAAAGAUGGAGAAAUAGCAUGGAGUGCAAAACAACAGUUAGAUCCUAUGAAUUCAUUCAAGUCAUUCUGUCAUAAUUCAAAAAAUAAGGAUAUAUUUAAAAAAAAGUUAGAUAAUAAAAAGAAAAAUCAAAAAUCAAAGCAUAAGAAUAAAGACGAUUUAAAAAAGAAAUUACAAAAAUUACGAGAAGCAAGGCUAAAGCGCGAACAGCAAGAGAAAUAUAGAACGGAAAUGUUUUUAUCCAAGCUCAAUGGCACUGCCCCAGAAAAAGAGAAAGAUGAGAAAAUCCCAAAAAUAAAACCUAAAUAUAAUUCACAAUUUAAUCCAGAAAUCGCUAGACAAAAUUAUCAAUAAAAGAAGAAUCAAAUGUCUUGCUGAUCUUGUCAAUUUUAGGAAAUUAAUAUUAUAUCAAGUAUAAAACAAAUUAUUUUCGUAAAUACAUGUAAUAAGAAAAAAGCCGAGAUGGCCCUGUGGUAAGAACGCGUGAAUCUUAACCGAUGAUCGUGGGUUCAAACCCGGGCAAGCACCACUGAAUUUUCAUGUGCUUAAUUUGUGAUUAUAAUUCAUCUCGUGCUUUACGGUGAAGGAAAACAUCGUGAGGAAACCUGCAUGUGUCUAAUUUCACUGAAGUUCCGCCACAUGUGAAUUCUACCAACCCGCAUUGGAGCAGCGUGGUGGAAUAAGCUCCAAACCUUCUCCUCAAAAAGAGGAGAGGAGGCCUUUAGCCCAGCAGUGGGACAUUCACAGGCUGUUACGGUACGGUAUGUAAUAAGAACCUGAUCAAUAAAAUCAAAACUGCACCAGUAUUUAA